AUGGCUCAAUGUGUACCUCCUACAAACAGUGCACAAGAAUGUGAAUUGAGGACAUCAGAAAUACCGACUCAACAAUUCAUCACCACCAAACUUAGCGUAGAUGAAAUAUUGAAUAAGUAUGUUGGAGAAUAUGGAGUUUGGCAAUGGAGUAUUGUGUUGCUAAUAGUUUUAAGUUCUCCUCUAAUGGUGACGUUACCUGUAUUUGUUAAUGCAGUACCUGACCAUCGUUGUCGGAUGGAAGAUCCUAUCGAAGAAAUAUUCAGAGAAUACAAUUUAAGUUUUGAGGAAGCCGCUGCAUUUGUGGGUCCAUGGGAAGGUGAAAUUCCUGUAACAAUGAUGGGUUGUCUGAGAUUUGCAUUGGACUGGAGCAAUACAACCCUCAUCGAAAACCUACUUUUGAAUAAGUCGGUUGUUUCAUUUAUCGAUCGUGAAUCGUUGAAAACUAAAGCGUGUGUCAACGGUUAUGUAUAUAGAAGUAAAGAGUUCCAAUAUCCCAGUACUGUGGUAGCGGAAUUUAACUUGGUUUGUGAUAAGAGUAUGCUAUCGCCUCUUGGAACCUCUCUUUUUAUGGUUGGAAUGUUGUUUGGAUUCAUUUUCGGUGGUUAUUUUGGUGACAAAUUCGGCAGACGAAACGGUGCAAUUGUAUUCUCUAUCAUUGAAUUACUUGCAGCGGUUGGUGUUUCCUUAGCCCCUAAUCAUCAUAUCUAUCACCUGAUGAGAACAAUUGUUGGGUUUUCUAGUACAGGAAAAGCCGUCCCCCUACGCCUAUUACCAAUUGAGCUAACUAAUGCCAAAUAUCGAUCAUAUUUCACAUCGUUCAUUGUUUUGGGAAUUGUAUUUGGACAUCGUGCUAUAAUGACUGGAAUAGCUUAUUUGGUACGAGAAUGGCGUCUUCUCAACGCCCUGUCAACGUUACCAUGUCUCACAUGUUUCAUAUACUUUUGUCUUUUACCGGAAUCACCACGAUGGCUGUUAUCUCAGUAUCGUGUUGAAGAAGCCAUCACAAUAUUGAGAAGAGGGUGUCGUAUCAACCACAUUUUGAAGAAAGACAAAUCAAAAUUAUCACAAUUCGACAAUUACCUGAAAGAUUUAAAUAAAAACCAAUCUCAUAUGGGAAAAUUAUAUGUCCAUAGUGAACCUAUAAGUGUUUCUGAACGAUUGAUUAAUUUAUUUAAAUCAACCAAGAAAAUUAUUUGUUGUAGACAAAUGAAUAAAGCACUCAUAAUAUGUGUUCUAAUAUUUACGUUGCAUUCGCUUGCCUUUCUGGGUAUCACACUAUUUAGUAAGUACAUCAAUUAUAAUGUUUAUAUAGUAACUUUUAUCAAUGCAUUAACUGGCAUUCCAGGACCAAUUGCUGCAAGUGUAGUUUAUAGAUGUUAUAAGUAUAGACGAUUUCCAUUAAUGUGCACAUAUAUAAUUUCUGCUAUAUUAUUAUGCAUUGGUGGUGUUUAUACAGUAUUAUGGGAACCACUGACUGAUAAUGUAUUGAAUAUAUUCUGUAAUGGUGCUCUUAUUAUGUAUUCUGCUUCAACGAUUAUGCUAUCGAUUUAUUGUGCUGAAUUAUUUCCAUCAUAUAUGCGUUCAAGCGCUGUAGGCAUAUCAAAUGGUCUAGGUAGAAUCGGUGGGAUCAUUUCAACACUUGUAAAUUAUACUGAUUUUGCUUUUAAACAUGGUACGCCUGUACUGAUUUAUUCCGGUUCCUCAAUGCUUCAAGCUUUCCUACUAUACUGUUUACGUGAUACAAGCGGUGAAGAUCUUUCUGAUGUUGACAAAUGCAUAG